AAUAUUAACAACAAAGAGGUUCCUCUCUGUUAACAAGGAGGAAUAAAGAAUAACCAAUGUUUGAUAAAACUCCUGAAACCUGAAGAUAAGUAAAAAGUAGAGACUGGUAAAAAUUAUCAAAAAAUUGCGUUAACAGUUAACACUAAACUGGUAAACAAUCUUCGAAAUGGGCCAUGCAUGUGAUUGGGACUUCUUCAUCAACAUACAUAAAGAGCAGUUGGUUUCAUCUGGAGUUCCUCAGAUAUUUUGGCGAACAAUUUAUGAGAAACUUCUUACUCAAACUUUUGAUAUAGGUAACGUAGUACAGUUGUUGCAAUUUGAGAAAGAAGAAAAUUCACCCCUACAGGAUCACCCAAUCUGGGGUUUGCAGUGCACGUCUGCAAUCAAUAAAUCUGACUCAAAAAAUGUAUUCCUUAUUGAUCAUGCAUGGACUUUCCGGUUGGAGAAUUCUAAAAAUCAACUUGUAGAAAAUGAGAAAUUGAGAAAAAGAAUGGCAUCACUAUUAAAUUUGGACUGUUCUCUACCUGUCAAAGAACUUUGCGAGAGAAUAUAUGACAAUAUGUGGCCUUUAUGUUUUAGUUAUACAAUAUCGAAUGCAUCAGAAUCAGAAGAUCGUUUACCUGUAUGGUAUAUAAUGGAUGAAAUAGGGUCAGCAUUAAUUCAUAAUAAUGAGCCUAACUGUCGUAUUGUUCCAUUUUACUUCAGUAAUGAGCAAAUAACUUAUUCUAUAUUAUUUCCCUUGGAAGAUAUAGAUGAAGAUGAAUUUCUUUAUAGAGAUUUUGCCGAGGGUGUUCAGAAUGAACAAGAUAAAAAUGUGUUAUUGCUACCUUGGAGGAGAAGUGACAUUCAUUACAGCUUGAUUCCGAGAAAACCUACAGUAGAAUAUUUUCUUGAAGGACAUAUAAGGGAAUCUCUUCCUAACUUGGAAUAUUUGCAAAACUUCAAUAAAACUCAAUAUCACCAUAAUAAAAAGUUGAAGGUAUUCGCUCAAUAUUCCUUAGUAAGGGACUACUUGUCUCAUGAUCUCUUUGAACUGGUUGAGGAUAAAGAUGCAGCCGACAUUUCGUGGUUAACUGAACAUUUCAAAAAUUUUGAGGAAUUCAGUGAUAACCCAGAAAAAUUUGUUAAUCAGUUUCCUUUCGAAUAUGUAAUAACAAUUAAAGAUCUACUCAGCAUAACAUGCAGAAAAGAUGGUGAAGAAAGCAUUGAAAACUUUUGGCCACCUUGGAUGCCCAUAACUUACAACCUGAAAACAGAAUUGGGCAAUUUUGUUUCAUACUAUCGUAAACGUGAAUUAGAAUCUUUGGAUAACACCUGGAUAAUAAAACCAUUUAAUUUAGCAAGAGGAAUGGAUACUCAUAUAACAAACAAUUUGAAUUGCAUCAUAAGGCUUUCCACUACUACUCCAAAAAUUGUGCAAAAAUAUAUCUCUAAUCCAGUUCUAUUCCACAGACCUGACUGCAAUGGUUACGUAAAAUUUGACAUACGUUAUGUUUUACUACUGAAGAGUGUGAAGCCUCUGAAAGCCUUCAUAUAUAAGAAAUUUUUCCUAAGGUUUUCCAACAUACCUUUUGAAUUAAAUGAUUUUGAUGUUUAUGAAAAACAUUUCACAGUCAUGAACUAUAAUCAAAACAGUAACUUGAAGCAUAUGUUGUGUGAAGAAUUUUUAUCAGAAUGGUCUGAGCAAUAUAGUCAGCAUAGUUGGGAUGAAAUAGAAAAUAAGAUAACAUCGAUGUUGAAGCAAAUCUUAGAGAAAGCAACUUCAUGUGAACCACCCUGUGGUAUUGCCGAGAGCCCCCAAUCUAGAGCCUUGUAUGCUGCUGACAUAAUCCUUGAAUGGGAUAAGAAUUUCAAGAUGCAGCCGAAAAUUCUUGAAAUCAAUUGGACACCUGAUUGUAAACGAGCUUGUGAAUAUUACCCAGAUUUCUUCAAUGAUAUAUUUCAAUUAUUGUUUUUAGAUAGGGAAAGUCCAAAUAUAAAAGAAAUAUGAUA